AUAAGUUAAAAGAAAUUAUAUGUUCUCUCUUAUUCUCAGCAACAAGUUGUUAGUUUUUGCUAAAUCUUUCUUUAAAUUCACAUGUAUUUUUUCCUGUGUUAUAAUUACGCAUAAUAAAUAAGUUAUAUUGAAUUAUGGUCUAAAUAACCAUUUAUUACUAUUCAAUUAAUAUGUAUUUAUAGAAAGGCACAUAAUUAUUAAAAAAGUAUUUAUUUUUAUAGAUGUACCUUUGGUUAUAAUCAUUGCAAUUUUGUUUAUAACAUUUAUUAUCGAAGUUAAUAAGAAAGAAUAUUAUAAACUGAAAAGGAAUUUAAAAUUUAUUUUUUCGAUACCUGGUCCGUCUCUAUUAUCAUCCUUUAUCAUCUCAAUGCAAAUUGCUUGCAAUUAUAAACAAUUCAUACAUAGUAUACAAACAACUGCUAAAAAAUAUGGAUAUGUUACUCGUUUUAUCUUAGGAACAGAUAUAUACGUAGUACUUACUAAACCUGAGAAUUGUAAAUUGGUGCUUACGAAAGAAAUUGGCAACAACAAAAGUAUUGUGACCAAGCUGUGGAAAUCAUUUUUUGGCGAUGGAAUUAUUAGGGUUUCAGGUGCGCCUCACAGGCUUCGGCGAAAAAUAAUACAACCUCUAAUGAACGUCAAGUAUUUAUACGAAUAUGUGACAUUCUUCGACAUUUAUAGUAAUUGCUGUGUGGAUGCUUUAGAAAAACAUGUCGAUGGUCCAACGUUUGAUCUUAAACAGUACAUGGAACAAUACGCGGUUAAUAUAUAUUUAGAGACAAUAGUGGGUAUUCAAGGAACAGCACAUAAAGGUGAACUCGACGGAUUAUUGAAUUCGCAAGAAACAUUAUUUAAAGGAACAUAUAACAGAGUAAUAAAACCGUGGCUACAGACGGAUUGGAUUUUUUCUUUGACUAAAAAAGGAAAACAAAUGCGUGUUGCUCAAAACACUGUGCUUGAUUUCAUGUAUAGUGUAUUACCACAAAAGACAAUAAGGCCUACUGCUUUAAAUAAUAAGAUUUUUCAAAAAGUGAAUCCUGUUUUUCAUAAUUAUUGGAAACGUGUGGUGCAAGUAUGUGGUAAUGUUACAAAUGAAUUUUGUAAAGUGAGUGACGAAAACUGCAUAGACGAUAUGAGAAAUUUUUUAAUUGCUGUAAGUUCAUGUAAAGGUUUACUAUUUGCUACAUAUUUACACGUAAGAUUAAUUAAUAUUUUUCAGAUUCAUAGUACUAUUACGGAAAUAACAACUUUUAUUAUAAUUAUGUUGGCAAUGCAUACAGAAGUACAAGAAAAACUCCGAGAAGAAAUAUUUGUUACAUUGAAUAAUGAUAAGAUUGAUGCCCAAAGCCUUUAUUGCAUGCAAUAUUUACAAAUGGUCUUUAAGGAGACAUUAAGAUUGUUCCCUGUAGCACCUGUUCUUUCUCGGGCUCUUACAGAAGAUAUUAAACUUGAAUCGUGUACUUUGCCAGAGGGAUGUUUCAUAAUGAUUCCAAUAAUUGCAAUUCAUCGUAAUCCUGUCUAUUGGCCUAAGCCGUUGGAAUUUAUACCCGAACGAUUUUCAUCGGAAAAUUCGUCAAAUCGUCAUCGUUACACAUAUAUUCCAUUUGGCACGGGUCUCAGAGACUGCAUAGGUCAAAAAUACGCAUUUCUAUGUGUUGCGACUUUAAUAGCAAAUUUGGUACGGCGAUAUCGAUUUUCAACGACUAUCAGCAACAUAGAUGACAUUAAACUAACAACCGAUAUUGUAUUACGGAGCCAAGACGUCAAAUGCUCUAUAUCUCGUGUAUAAACCAUGGUUUACAAUAACUGAUUGGCGACAAAAUUCUAUUCGGACGGAAUACAAUAUAGCUUAAACGUAAUGAAGGGAUAUAAAUUAUCUGUAUAUUGAAACUAUAUUGAAAAAUAAUAAAAAGUUAUAUGCUAUAAUCCUGUUUUGCGUGCAAUCGACUGAAUCGAAUCUGUUUGCUUUCUAUAUUUACGCGAAUAAAGUAUGAGUUUAAAAUAUAUUUUGCGAUUCUUUGAAUAAGAAACAUGAACAUUUUAAGAAUAAAUUAUAUUAGUAGAUUUUUAACCCGUUAUGGUCACAAAGAGUCCAUGCUAACUGUAAGGAUAUGUAGCUGCAAACAGAUCAUUCAAAAUCGAACCUGUGACGCACUCUGUUCAAGCAUAUAAAAAAACCAUUAAUAGAGAAACCACUUACAAGGAACGUUUGAGAAGUGUCCGCCUCAGAUUUAAACGAACUUUUAAUAUAUUGUAAUACAGAUAAAAAUAAGGGACACGUAUUUUUUUAUACGUACCCUAUCUCACUUUUAGGGGAAGAAACACCCCUUUGAAAAAAAUUGGUUUUUUUCUUUCGAAGCGUAUAUUAUCGAAACUAUAAGAGAUAGAGAAAAAUGUUCUAUUUAAAAGUUAAAUGUCUUAAAGAGUAUGUAGGAUUUAUUGUCAGGAAAUAUGCACAAGCGUUUGCAAUUAAGAAAAAUGGAUUUAUUUAAGAUAAUACGUCGUACUCACAAACUGUUCUCUAAGAUUAAUCAUUUAUAAAUCGCAACGCAUUGCCCAGCAACCAAAGACAAAAGCCAUUAGAUGUUCAGAUCGAUAUAUUAACGGGAAGACUCUGCAUGGCACAUAUAUUACACACUGCAAGUACUUUAUAAUAGUGAUAAAAAAAUUUUUUUAUUGUUUUUAUACUUUCCCCCACCACUAUUUUUUCAAAAUUUUUAGUUUUUUUUUUUUAUAAACAAAAUAAAGCUUAUUUUACUACGAAUUCAAUAGUAUAUGACAAAAUUAUGAUGCAACAUUUCCAUUUUCGAAAAAUAAUUAAAAACCAUCCUAUAACGUAUGGUAUGCACACUCGUCCGUGUACUAUGGAAGUGUCUCCCUUCGAUUUUGACGAGCGUUUAAUACAUUGUAGUACAGAUCAAAAUAAAGAACACGUAUUUUUUUAUACGUGCUCUAAUGCACUUU